AUGGAUGGACGCUCUCUAUUGAUCCCAAACUGGAAAACGCUGGAGUUACAGCAGUUAUCCAAGCAGAAAAGCAACCAUGGAGAUAUACUUCAGAACAGGUUUAUUUACAUCAAGAUAUUUAACUUUACAGCAAUAAAUAUUCGCCUCAGACACAAUUAAUCCAGAAGAUAUUUGAUUGAAUUGAUCACUGCUUUUUUACCUGAUUACAAAACAUCAAUUGUGCCCGUCCUGCUCAGUAAAUAAAGACUCCUUUUCAAUCAUGGCCAUGUCUUGUCUUUCAGGGAGCGGUUCAAGAAAUUUCCCAGGUUCUUCGCUCGUGGCCCAUGUUGCUAUGACAACCAAGAUGAGCUGAAAUGUUCUGUCAGGCAUCACCUUCCCUUUCUCACCUCUAGAUGCCGGCAAUCCAGUGUCACCGGUCUAGAGCUGCUGAUGGGGGCUCGGUAGGUGGGCCAGGGAGGUGGACACAUGCGGGGAGGAAGGAAGCAAGGGUGACGAGACAGGAAGAGAGAGAAAGAGAGGAGAGGGAAGGAAGGUGGAAGGAAGUAAGGAUGGAGAUUUGGCUGGUUGGCCCUCUGGGUCCCAGCGCUGCCCUAAUGACGGAUGCCAGCGCUGCACUCAGGUGAAACUGAAGUGGCUGCAGUGUGAUGGCACAGAGUCGUCCCAGUGGAGGAGGAGAAAACAGAAUGCAGGAAGGACAUUUGCAGACAUCACAGGUCCUGUUCAGGACAGUCGCUGACCAUGCUGAUGUCUGGAAACUUAAACUUUAAGAUCCUAUGCAUGAAAAAGACCUGAUUACAACAUUUUAUUCUUAUUCAAGGCUGCAUCUUGCACAGAAUUGCUGCUAUACUCACACAGAAUUGAAGCAUUACAGGUAA